CUUUCAUUUUGUCGAUUUCUUCGCCAAUUCUCUCUUGCUUCACCUCAUUGGUCCUAUUUGUGUUUGGCUUUUAUUUUCUUUAUAUAUAUAUAUCCGUUGCAGAUUGUCUUACCCUUCACUUCUCUUCUUCUUCUUCUUCUUCGAGGAAAGGAAAAAGUCUCCCGGAAAGUCUGUUCGGUAGUUUGGGCAUGGAUCUGUGGUCCGUGCAGGUGAAACACUGUACCAGAAGCCCUGUCUUACUCAGAAACUCGUUUCCCGAGAAACCCAUUUGCUGGAAUCCGGCAAAAUCGAGGAUUUCCUGGCUGGGUAUUGACGAGGGCAGGGUUGUCGAGAUCAAGGUUAGGUCUUCUUCUGGGUUUCGUUCUUUGGUUGUUCGAGCUAUUGGGAAGAAGAAUAAUGGCAAUUCAUCUUCGUCUGGAAAUGGUGAUCGGCCUAGUCCAGAAGAUGGUGGAAAAGAAAGCAAUUCGUCUGAUUCUCAGAAUUCCCUUCGGAUAAACUUGGAUUGGAGAGAAGUCAGAGCUAACCUCUUUGCUCGAGAGCAGGCCGAGAAGGUAGAAUCUGAUCCCCAGAGCAAAGGUGUUUGGUCCCAUGAGUCAAAACCUCUUGGCUCAAAGUGGGCCCAUCCUAUUUCUGUUCCUGAGACUGGCUGUGUGCUCGUUGCCACAGAAAAGCUUGACGGGGUUCGAACUUUUGAAAGAACUGUUGUCCUCCUGCUUAGAUCCGGUACCAGACAUCCACAAGAAGGGCCUUUUGGAGUUGUUAUCAACCGUCCUCUUCACAAGAAGAUAAAACACAUGAAACCCACUAAUCUUGAUCUCGCCACCACGUUUUCUGAUUGUUCUUUGCAUUUUGGUGGGCCUCUGGAGGCAAGUAUGUUUCUGUUGAAAGCAGGGGGAAGAGCAAAGCUGCCUGGGUUUGAAGAAGUUAUCCCUGGCCUCUGUUUUGGUGCCAGGAACAGUCUUGAUGAAGCUGCAGAACUAGUAAAGAAGGGAGUACUAAAACCUCAGGAUUUCAGGUUUUUUGUUGGUUAUGCUGGGUGGCAACUUGAUCAGUUGAGAGAGGAGAUUGAGUCGGAUUACUGGUAUGUUGCUGCUUGCAGCUCAAAUUUAAUAUAUGGGAGUUUCUCAGAUUCUUCAUCAGAAAAUUUGUGGGAGGAGAUAUUGCAGCUAAUGGGUGGCCAGUAUUCUGAAUUGAGCCGGAAGCCUAAGCAGGAUAUGUAGUUAGUGGUCAGCCUGUAGAUGAUCAUAAUAAAAACUAAUCUAAUAGUCGAACUCGAAGGAAGAGUGGUAAUGAAGGUAUAUGCAGAGCCAAAUGUACAGAAAGUUCAAUGGCUUAGCAGAUUAGUAGAUCUUGUUUCUUUUCUUCUCCUUAUUUCCUUUCAUUUUUUUUUGUUCUUUUCCCCUAUAAAGAACUUAUUGAGGAAAUAUCAUGUAAAAUCCUUCUGUUAUAAUAAAGCAUAUGCUAUUCCGAAAA